AUGUCGUCUUUAAGAUUACCGAAUAUACCUUCCCUGCGGAAACAACAAUUGUUGUUGGAAUUUCGGAGUUUAAACCAUGCACCGCCUGAUGGAGUCUACGUGAGCAUCGCCAAUCCGACAGAUCCCACUUACUGGUCUGGAGUUAUAUUUAUUCGGAAAGGUCCCUAUGCCUCGGCGAUUCUCCGUUUCAAUAUCAAAUUUCCUCCCACCUAUCCCGAGUUACCACCACUCAUCACAUUCACGACUGACAUAUUCCAUCCACUAAUCGUCCCUUUGACAACAUAUACAUUCACGACAGGCUCGUCAAAUGAAGCGCCCGUCAGCGCGACCGAUGAGGAGCGACUGUCUCCCGGGGCGUUCAGCUUACGACAUGGCUUUCCUCAUUGGUUUGGCCGAGCUCAGCGAACUGCAGCCAAUUCAAGGACCGGAUCUCGAAAUGUAAGCGGAGGGAGCAUACCACCUACCGUCACGGAUCAAGAGGUAGCUGAGCAAAAUGAUCUCGACGCCGGGAGCAGCUCUCCUGCACCGGGAAACUCGAUCAAAGUGGGAGAAGCUGAUCCCACCGGCGAAGAAACGACCUCGAAACAAGAAAACAAUCCGCGCAUCUCGAAAGUGCCUACAACUAGUCCCUAUGAGAAUAGAGACAACACGGUUCAUGUGGUGACACUGCUGGACUAUAUCCGCUCAACGUUCGACGACGAGACUGUGCUCGAUUCCCUCCCGCUUGAUGCUGCCGGGAAUCCGGGCGCGUGGCAUGCUUGGAAAGCACAUCGCCGAACCUAUGGCACCACUGGCCCCGGAACACCUAAUAAAAGAGGAAUGUCUCAAGCCCGUCUACCCGGCGAAUGGAACUGGGAAGGCGUGUGGGCAAAGAGAGUUCAGAGUGGGAUACAAGCAAGUCAAUCUGACGCUGCGUUGUUUGCCAGUACUCCUCGAAUGGAAAUGGAGUCUAUACGAUUUUUGAAUCUAGAUUCUUCGGUGUUGGAUAACGUCAAAGAAAAGAUGCUCACGGGAUUGAAAGAGAAAGGUAGCGAGUAA